AUGUUCAAUUCCGUAUUAUUCAGUCUCGUAUUCUGCUAUGAUUUUAUUCGUUUUAAGAAGAAAAUCAGCCCCGAGAAAUUAUCAGCAUCCAGUAGCGAUGCCAGUAUAAGUUCUAGAGAUCGUCUAUGUCCUAAUGGCGACACUAGAGGGCGACUGUGCAAGGCCAGCAGUCUCGUGUCGUGCUUCUGGGUACAUGACGUCGGUCUCAUCACACUGGAAACCAACGCUAUAGUUAAACUAUGGGAUCGCAAUCUGCAAGUCCAGAAUAUAUUGAAUGGCCGACAGACAGAUGUGUAUAUCAAUUGUGCAGCUUUCCAGAAAAAUGUAUUGCCUAUUUGCGAUGAUUAUCAUAGGUUUCAGACUUAUGAACUAAAGACAGGUGAUAAGAUAGAACUGCAGCCCAUUCAGGUGUACAAGUUGAAUAAUCGUAUCAUGUGUUGUGACCUCACCGCAGACGGCAGCCUCCUCGCCAUGGGACUUGACUCCGGGAAUGUUAUUGUAUGUACUAUGCAUUUAAUCCUUUAUUACAUAAACUGAGGAAGUGGAUUUGACGGGAAAGGGGAGUUUUAGAAGAGAGAAAUAUCUCUAAUCCUUUGCUUUAUACUUUUAGACAUUAUUAAUUAGAAUCCUUUGGCGCGAAAAACGUGC